AUGUCGAAUUCAAGCGUCAACAGGGGCAUCUGCCCCGCCCCUUUCUUCCAAGACACUGUAUUCACCGACGGAGGAUUCGUCGAGGGAAGGUUAUGUCAAUCGUUGGGCGGGGGGAUCACCUGCUGCCUACCAUGCCCGUUGACCGACUUUACCUAUCCCGACAGCUUCCAGACGAUGAGCUUAGCAGCAGACUGGAUCUCGGUCGUCAGCACCGCGUGCUGCGCCUUCCUACUCUUGUCUUGGACCUUCCUUCCCGUGGAAAAGACGCAUCGCCACUAUUUGAGCAUCUGUCUCACAGUCGCAGUUGUGCUCAUGAACCUUGGAUUCAUAAUUCCCUUGGCAGCGCAACCGGAACAAUGUUACGACGCCAUUACACCACAUUCUAUGCAGACAAGCCAAGUGUGUGCAGCGUCAGGCGCAUUCCUGAUCGUCGGUGGUUGGGCCGGAGUCAUGUGGGUGUUUCUGCGAUCGCUGUCGCUGCAUCUGCAGAUCUGCUGGCAGGUUGUCGUUGGGAGGAACUUCAUGUGGCUUUCUCAAGCCGCCGGCUGGGGCAUCCCCGCCGUCGGCAUCACCGUCGCCCUCGUCUUCAGCGGCGUGUCGUUCCGCUUUGGCCCGACGUGCCACAUCAACCACACGAACAGCCUCGCGGACCUCUGGAUCCCCCUGCUCGUCUUUGCUGGAUUGACUAUCAUCAUCCAGUUCGCCACGUUCGGGUACUGCAUUAAGGUCUAUCUCGCAUCACUUGCCGAUAACAGCGCGUCGACCGAGGGCUCGAAUCUGCCUUCGUACACAAACAGCAUCCGGACCAUGACGCCCCGACAAGCCUACCGGCGAGUGCGAAGAGUGAUUCAGCUCCAGUGGCGAGGCAUCGCCAUCGUGUUGAUCAUCAUCACCGACGUCAUCUUCUUCUCGGUAAUCUUCGUCUUCCAAGAUAACACGGUUGAGUCUGUAAAGACGGAUCCAAGCAAGGUGACCGAGUGGGUGGGUUGCUUGAUGCUCAAUGCGGGUGAUAAGACAAAGUGCUUGGAUGAGGCCAGCAAGCUGGUUGUCAAUAUGCCAACCAUUGGCGCAGUGUUGGUCCUCCUGGGUAUGAACGGCAUAUGGCUGCUCUUCCUGCUCGGGCGCUUUUCCAUGUUCACUGGAUGGGCCGAUUUCUUCGGCAAGUUUGUGAACCGGGAGAAGAAGGAGUUCGUGUCGGCCGAUGCGCGGCUCGACGACAUGAAGAGAGACACACGUUCGUACGAAAUGCUAUCCCGGGACUCCGGGAAGACUCUGGACGACGUAGUAACACCCUCCGUAGGGACACCCAUCUCCCCCUUGGCUAGGGCAUACAUGGCGAGCCCACCGGCUAGCAAUGACUUGCCCUUCCACUAUAACGGCGACGGUAAAGAGGGCCGUCGGACGCCGGACUAUUUCGGCAACACGGUACGGUACCACACGCCUGCCCGAUCCUUCUCGAGCCCACGGCCACCUCAGACGGUCACCUGGGACUCGCGGGAAACAUAUGCCCAGCCAGAGAGGUACGGCAGCCCGGAGAACCGCGAUUACGUGAAUCCCCUUGGGAUGAACCAGAUAUGA